GUAUUAAAGGAAAAUGGACCGACGGCCACCACCAACCAUCCUGACUGGCACUCUCUAGUCUCUGCCAUUCUCAAACCCGAACCCGAAUACAUUCCCGUUUCAACCCAAUCAUGCUACAAGACUUCAGUUUCUGCCCAUGUUUCGGAGACCGAAGCUUCGACGAUACCGAACCCGAUCGUGACCCGGUACUAUUGGUUUCCGGAAUCGCAGGGUCCAUUCUCCAUUCAAAGAAGAAGAACGGGUCUGAGACUCGGGUUUGGGUCAGGCUUCUCUUGGCUGAUUUGGAGUUCAAGAAGAAAAUAUGGUCUGUUUAUAAUCCAAAAACAGGUUAUACUGAAGUAUUGGACAGUGACACUGAGAUUGUAGUCCCUGAUGAUGAUUCUGGGCUAUACGCAAUUGACAUUUUAGAUCCGUCAUGGUUUGUGAAACUUAUUCAUUUGUCGGGGGUUUAUCAUUUUCAUGACAUGAUUGAUAUGCUUGUUAAAUGUGGAUAUAAGAAGGGAACCACAUUGUUUGGAUAUGGUUAUGAUUUUCGGCAAAGCAACAGAAUUGAAAAAUCAAUGGAAGGUCUUAAAGCAAAGUUGGAAGCUGCCUAUAAAGCUUCUGGGGGUAGAAAAGUUAAUAUAAUUUCACAUUCCAUGGGUGGACUGCUGGUUUCUUGUUUCAUUUCACUUCACAAAGAUUUGUUUUCCGAGUUUGUGAAUAAGUGGAUCUGCAUUGCCUGUCCUUUCCAAGGUGCACCGGGUUGCAUCAAUGACUCUCUCUUAACUGGAUUGCAGUUUGUUGAUGGUUUCGAGAGUUACUUUUUUGUUUCUAGGUGGACAAUGCACCAACUGUUGGUUGAGUGCCCGUCGAUCUAUGAAAUGUUGCCAAAUCCAGAUUUUAAUUGGAAAACAGAACCACAAAUUCAAGUUUGGCGAAAGCAAUCAAAUGAUGUGGAAACUCCUGCCAAAUUGGAGUCCUUUGGUCCUGUUGAAUGUAUCACUCUCUUUGAAGAAGCGUUGAAGAAUAACGAGUUAAAUUAUAAUGGAAACACCAUAGCGCUACCAUUCAACCUCUCUAUCCUCAAAAGGGCUGCUGGUACUCGUCAGAUUCUCAAUAAUGUUCAAUUGCCAGAAGGGGUCUCCUUCUAUAACAUUUAUGGGGCAUCAUUUGACACACCUUUUGAUGUCUGCUAUGGUACAGAGACAUCCCCAGUAGAGGACCUGUCUGAAGUGUGCCAUUCAAUGCCCCAGUAUUCUUAUGUGGAUGGAGAUGGAACUGUUCCCGCUGAAUCAGCAAGGUCAAUUGCCAAAACAUUAUAGCAACUGAAGUUCUCUGUUGGAGUGUGACCAAAGAUGAAAUAGUGGGUAGUCCUGAAUAAAAGAGGGUUCAUGCAUCAUUUUGCAGAAUUUAUGUUUGUAGAUGCAGUGAAGGGAGAGGUGCCAUAUAAAAACCAUAAUGUUCAAUAGCUUAAUGCCGCACUCAUUUUUACCAUGGGUUCACAUGAUGUCAAAAUAUUUGAUGUUAGUUCAUCUUCUCCUCUUCCCCGAAUCUUUAAAUAUUUAGCUAGAAAAAAUAGGGGAACAAGAAGUAGAAGCGGUAGUAGAUUAGACAGUGAAUAUUUUUGCUGUAUUUUAGAAAAAUCAAUUUUGCUACUAAGCAUACCUAUCUUGUUUGUGUAAUCUUCUUGAGUUUUCACUACUACUGUUCAAUAUUCAAGCUUC